AUGUCAGCAGCACCCAUCCAACUCUCCUCCUCCCACCUCGGCCUCGUUAACGCCCACAACCAAAAUGUUCCCCCCGGCACCCUGGAAGAGUGCAACCGGCUCCUACAGCAAAACCACGAGACCUUCCACAUGUUCUUCCGCGACACCGCCGGACACAACCACAUCGUGCACAGCCUCCUGACCGUCCUCGCCCUCGGUGGCACGCCCCAGGACCUGCGCGACCGCUACGACGACGGCGUACCCAUCCAGCGGCCCCUCCCGGCUAUCAACACCGCCCUGCUCUCCACGCUGUUCACCACCGACACCAACACCGACACUGACACUGUUCUACUCGAAUCCCUCGGCUCUGUAGCGCACUACCCGACCUUCCUGGCCUUCUUCCAGCACCAGAUCGCCUCCUCUAACAAUAACUGGAAGGCCGUCGUGCAGCGGUAUCUCUUCGCGCGCACCCCGCUGGCCGACGCCCUGCUGGCACGCAUGUUCGAGGGCGCCUACCACCCGCUGAUCCAUCUCGGUCUGGGCAUCGAGUUUGCACAGCCUGCGCUGAUCGCCGAGGCGCUUGCGCAGGCGGCUGCGCAUGAUGAUAGCCACAUCGGGACGCUGUUUCGGCAUGCUGAGGCCGAGGCUGGGAUUGCGUACCCGAGCAACAGGGGAAAAGGAAAGGCGAUGAUGGAGUUGUUGAGAGAGGUUAGGGAAACAGAGGCGAUCCGGACGGCGCCGCGGUGGACUGACUUUGGAAACAAGAUGCGCGACGGGAUUGUCGGGCGCGCGGGCGAGGCUAUGGCCAGCGUGGCCGCACAGUUCCAGAUCCGGAUCCAAGACGAUGGCGAUGCCGAACUAGCCCGACGCACAGCCGAGAUGCUCAACGUGUGCGCCUUCAUGGCGGGUGCGGCCCAGCGCGCCGGACGCCCGCCCAAGAUCGACUUCUUCUACAUGCACGCCGUCACCAGCAGCCUGUUCGUCGACGUGAUUGCGCAGCAAACCGACUGGAUCUCCCUGGCCGACCGCGCCCGCGUCGUCGAGUGGAAGGCUCGGCUGGAUCUGGCGUGGUACGCUGUCUGCGGGAGCGCGGCGCUGGACGGGGAGUUUAUCGAGGGCUAUUCCCACCCGGAGAGCGAUGGGCUGGGCUGGGACGAGCUGUUUGCCGCCGUGGUGCAGGAGCAUGAUGAUGGCCAUGCGGCCAAGUUUCUGAGGGCGCUCAAGAAUGGGGAGGACAGGUGCAAGCGGUAUGCCGAGUUGGAACAGUGGGCUGGGGAUUUUCCCAUGAAGGGGGACAUGUGGCUGCGUCUCGCCAGGAUGUGCCAUGAUACGACUAAGGGCCGGCCGACGGAUCUCAAAUGGAUUCCGUUUACCGGGUUUGAGCAGCCGUGGGCUCGUCCUGAUCUGGCGAAAUAG